UCUUGUGAGAACAUAACAAUCAUUAUUACAACGCAAACUUCAACUUGUAAUCAAGGGAGAGAGAAAAUUUCAAGCACAAAAAAUGGCGGAGAAGAAAGUGGUGAUCCUAGGAGGUGGUGUUGCCGGUGCCAACCUUGCAAAAACUAUACAACAUCAAGCCAACGUCACCCUUAUUGAUCCGAAGGAAUAUUUUGAGAUUCCAUGGGCAAGUUUGAGGGGAUUGGUUGAGCCAACUUUUGCUGAAAGGAUAGUAAUCAACCAUAGAGAGUACUUCAAAAAGGGUAACCUUGUUGUAUCCAGUGCUGUCAACAUAACUGAAACUGCAGUGGUGACUGAAGAUGGCCAGCAGAUUGCCUAUGACUAUCUUGUUAUUGCCACUGGACACACAGAACCAAUCCCCAAAACCAGGAGUGAAAGACUUGACCAAUACAAAGGAGAAAAUGCAAAGAUCAAAUCUGCAAGUUCAGUUUUGAUUGUUGGGGGAGGUCCAACUGGUGUUGAGCUUGCAGCAGAGAUUGCUGUUGAUUUUCCUGAUAAGAAGGUCACCAUAGUGCAUAAAGGAACGAGGUUGCUUGAAUACAUUGGGACAAAAGCUUCAAGCAAGACUUUAAAGUGGCUCAAAUCAAAGAAAAUUGAUGUGAAACUAGAACAAUCGGUCGAUUUGAGCUCCUCUUCUGAAGAAAAUAAGACAUAUCAAACUUCAAAUGGAGAGACUAUAAAAGCAGAUCUUCAUUUUCUAUGCACAGGGAAACCACUUGGUUCAACAUGGAUUAGAGAAACUCUUCUAAAGAAUGACUUGGAUGCUGAUGGAAGGAUCAAGGUCGAUGAGCACUUGAGAGUGAAGGGCAAGAGCAACAUUUUUGCAAUUGGAGAUAUUACAGAUGUUCAAGAAAUCAAACAAGGGAUGUAUGCAAGUGCUCAUGCUCAAGUGGUUGCCAAGAACCUGAAGCUAUUGAUAGAGGGAGGAGGCAAAGAGCGUAAGUUGGGAACAUACAAGGCACAGCCACCAAUAUCUAUAGUUUCACUUGGAAGGAAAAUAGCUGUUGCACAGUUCCCAUUCAUGACUGUGCUUGGAAGGCUUCCUGGCAUGAUCAAGUCAGGGGAUUUGUUUGUUGGGAAAACCAGAAAGGAAUUAGGACUCGAACCUAAUGUUAAAAAAUCUUAAAUUUGGUAUAUUGAGUGAGUGUUGUGGUGUGUAAUUGUGUAUAUACACUUCUUCAACUCUUUUUCUUCCUUGUCAUUGUUGUGCAUGUGUAAGUUGAUUGUAUGUGUUUACUUUCCUAUUGUAUUCAACAAAUUACUUUGUAUCUGUAAUGUUUCUUAAUGAUUUUGAUGUUGUCGGUGUUGUCUCUUGAGAUAUGGGAUUGGAGUCAGAAGCAGAAUGAGUUAGAGUGUUAUUCAUUGGACAAUUUACUUUCGGUUUUAUACUGUGUA